UUUUCCACGAACGUUGGAAUCGCUUUACUGCAUACAUUUCUGUUUGAACAUUCAAAGAGUACGUAAUAUUCGUUGACACAUACUCUAUAAGGAACAAAAUACGAACACACGAGCGGUUAACUUAUUCUUUAUUAUUUUACACAACGAAAUUAUAAAUAUAUACUAUAUUCGUACAUGUAAAAAUGUCUUGUAUUCUUCCAAAAUAUGUCGUUCUAUCACUGUUUAGACGGAAUAUUUCGCAAAGUAGUUUUAACGCUAUAAAUAUAAGAAAUGGUGCUUCAUGGUGGAUACAUCAAAACUCAAACACAAGAUACUUUCACUAUAAUAUAAAUAAACUUUCUUUGGAAUACUUUAGGCCAAAGAAUGUCGAUAUACGAACAUAUUCUGUGCAUUUGAAUGCGUCAUAUAUAUCAAUCAAGGAUGAAAGUCGUGAAUUAAUGGCUGUUUGGCCUGAUAUUCUUCGUGACCUUACCACUGCUAAUCGUCAUAAUGAUAUGUCAGAUGUUACGAAAUGGCUGGCAAAGGUAUUGCAAUAUAAUGUUCCUAGCGGAGGGAAGCACAGAGCGUUAAUGGUUGUACAAGCAUAUAAAUCUUUUGUUCCUCCGGAUCAAUUAACGGAAGAAAAUCUUCGUUUAGCCCGUAUUCUAGGCUGGUGCACAGAGCUGUUACAAGCGUUCUUCCUCGUAACCGAUGAUAUUGAAGAUCAUGCAGUAAUGCGACGAAAUCAACCAUGCUGGUAUCUAUGCAAUGAUAUUGGACUGACCGCGAUUAAUGACAGUAUAAUGAUAGAAAUGUGUUUAUAUGAACUUCUUAAGAAAUACUUUAAGACAAAAGAAUGUUACUUAGAUCUUAUAGAACAAUUUUUAUCAGCUACAUUUAAAACGGAAAUGGGUCAAUGUCUAGAUUUAUUAUCAACAAAUUUUGGAAAUAAGCCGAAUUUACGACUUUUUACUAUGGAUAGGUAUAAUUCUCUUGUAAAAUAUAAAACAGCUUACUAUACGUUUGUGUUACCAGUCACUCUUGCUAUGAGUUUUGCUGGUAUAAAAGAUCCAGAAAUGUAUAGACAAGCAAAAACAAUCUUGCUAGAAAUGGGUCAUCUUUUUCAAGUACGAGACGAUUAUUUAGAUUCUUAUGGUGAUGUGGAAAGCACUGGAAAAGUGGGUACGGAUAUACCAGAAGGAAAAUGUUCGUGGCUUAUUACUGUAGCUUUACAACGUGCUACACCAGAGCAAAGGAAAGUUUUGGAGGAAUGCUAUGGAGACUCUGAUCCAGAAAAAAUAAAUCGUGUGAAACAACUUUAUCAGGAGAUAGGUAUACCAAAUACUUUCGCUAUCUAUGAAGAAGAAACACAUAAUUUGUUAAAUACGCAUAUACAACAAAUAUCUCGUGGACUUCCACAUGAUUUUUUCUUAAAGACUCUUAAUAGAACGUGUAGUAAAAUAGGCCGGAAGGAUUAAUCGUAUAAUCAAAACGGCAGAUUUUUACUACGAUUAAUUGAAUGUCUAGUAACAACUGCAUUUUCUAUUAAAUAAAUUGUCUUAAUAAAGUGAAAUCAUAAGACAAUAAUUCGUUAUUAAAAUAUAUUAACGAAAAUCCAAAUAAUCAGUUAAUAAGAAAAUGCUAAUUCCAAGUUAAAAAAAGUGAAAUAUUUUAUAUGGUAGAGGAUAUAUUUUAUAUUUCAUAUGCUGUU